GUCAAUAAAUCCAAGUUCCAUAUUGGAUAUAAAAUAUGAUAUGAUAAUUAUAUUAUGAAAUUAUUGAUUAUUUUAGAGUGCGACACGCGCUGUGAUAGACUUGCCAUGAUUGGUUUACUUAAGUGUUAGCUUACAUAUUAUUUAUAUAGUCAUACAAUAAAUAUGUUGUGAAUUUUGGUGUUAGGAUUUAUUUUCGAUAAGUAGAUAACAUUAAUUAUAAAUAUAAUGUCUGAAAUAAAUAAUGUUGAAGAUGUAAAAGUGAAAAGACAGGACCCUACAUCUUUUUUACCAGAUGAGCCAAUGUCAUAUGAGUUAAAACCAAAAAGGAAAAAGAAAAAAAAGAAGCGGAACCAAGAGGAUCCGUUUAAAGAUUUAGGUGAAGUAACUAAUGAACCAAUAGAAAUAACAUUUGAUCCUGAGGUUAAUAUUAAAGUGGAGAAUAUAGAAGUUGAAUUGGAUUUCAACGAUUUCACCAAUGACAAUGGACUCAUGCUUGAAGGUGUACAAAGUGAUGAUAGUCAGGAACCCGCAGUCAGAUUGGAACAACAGAACCACGAAGCGGUUAUUCUGACAUUCGAAAGUGUUGUCAGUGACAAAUCAGUGUUUAAUUACAACCAACCAAGUGAGACAAAGAUAUUAGGACAGACACACAUGUGUAAAAUAUGUCAUCUAGUGUUUCAAUCUAUUAGAACAUUGAAAAUGCAUCAAAAGAGGAAACACAAAUUAUUCCGAAGAGCAUUUGAACAUGUAUGUGAGAGUUGUGGAAUGGCUUACGACCAGAAAGGUAGUUUAAUCGCUCAUAUAAGGAGGAAACAUGGCCCAAAUUCAUUACCUGUUGACCGAGAAGAAAGAACAUGUGAUAUAUGCGCUCUUGUAUUUAAAGGGAUGACAAGAUUACGUAUGCAUAUGCGUAGAAAACACGGCUCUUUUGAAGAUUCUUUUCAAUAUGCGUGCAAAGAUUGUGGACUUUCUUAUGAAAAGUAUAGAAGUUUGAUCGUGCAUAUGCGGAGGAAACAUAACGUGGAGAACAAACCUGUUAUAGAACAGUGGUAUAAUUGUCCGUUUUGUCCAAAAGCGUUCACUAAACGUGAAACUUAUGCGAGACAUGUACAAAGGAAGCAUCAUAUAGUUGAAGAUGUUGAUAAAAAUGAUAAAGAUUUAUUAGAAAAUUCAAAAAAUGAAGAAACCGGUGAAAUAUCUUGUAAAGAAUGUCCUUUAGUGUUUUCUUCAUUAAAUUAUCUUAAAUUACACAUGAGAAGGAAGCAUAAUGCUUUAAAAGAUGAUUUCAGAUUGAAAUGUAGAUUUUGUAAUCUAUCAUAUGAUAAAAUAGAGAGUUUAAAACGUCAUAUUAGAAGAAAACAUGACAAAGGAUCGUAUUGUGAAGUGUGCAAUAAACAAUUCGAUACGAGAGAAUUAUAUUUAAAUCACACACAUAUUAAAAUGAUCAGAGAAUGUUCGAUUUGUGGUUUAAUAUUUGCUUCUAAAGCGGGUUUGGGUAAACAUUUACGAUGUGUCCACCAAAUUGAUUUGCCGAAAACAAUUUUCUGUCACAUAUGUAACGCAGGAUUCCAUGACAAAAGGCAAUUGAAACCUCAUUUAAUGAAAGUACAUUUAAAAGCUUCAUACACAUGUAUAUAUUGCGGUAAAAUAUUCAAAUGCAAAGAAAGCUAUCGACGUCAUAUUUUAUUUAAACAUCCAGUGAAAAAUAUUAAAAACAACCAGUUACAACACUGCGAGCAUUGUCCGGAAACAUUUAUAGAUGAAUUGGAAUUAUCAAAACAUGUAAACACAGCACACGGACAAACAAAUAUAAAUGAUAUAGUAAUAAAAAAAGAAGAAAUGGAUAUAAAAGAAUCAUUUCAAUGCUCGAAAUGUACUGAAUCAUUUUUAACUUGGGAAUUACUUAGGUUACAUUUUACACAAAAUCAUCUAAUAGUUAAAGAUACACAGUGUCAAGUUUGCGGUCAGAUAGUCCCGGAUAAUAUACUACAAAAACAUAUGAAAGACAAACAUACAAAACUAACAACAUUGCAAUGUAAAUAUUGUGAAUUUAAAACAUUAUCCCGAGGAAGCUUAACACAACAUACGUUAAGACACAAAAAUGCGACAACAUUGAACUGUGAAAUGGAAGGAUGUAGGUAUAAAACAUUCUAUGAAGUAGCGAUGUUAAAACAUAAGAAGAAACAUACAGAACAAGGUCUUAAAUUACAAUGUUCUAAAUGUUCAUUUCAAAGUAUGAAUAAAUACAUUUUAAAAUACCACGAAGAAGCACAUAUGACAGGUAAAAAGAAAUAUGCAUGUGACAAAUGUGAUUAUGCAACAAUUUUACCUGCAAAUUUGGUACAGCAUAAAUAUAAACAUUCAACAGAGAAGAAAUUUAAAUGUGAAGUUUGUCCGUUUGCGACAAAAUAUAAUACUUCGUUAAGAUUUCAUGUUAAAAAGAAACAUUGUGAUCUACCAUCGUUCAGUUAA